AUGCGAGUCGCGCGCGUAACGAGGAAGCGGAAGACGAAAUACACGACGGGUUCAUCAAUAGCCGACUCACGCCCAAUUAGGACGGCGGAGCGAAGGUGGUGUCAGUUCAUUGGAUUAUCGGAGACGGUGUUCGGUCUAUCGGAACAAUUGUUUCGUGUGCAUGCGUUUCGGAGGUCGAUGACCUUCGCGGAUAUGCAGGCGACGCGGCGUCGCAAGCGGUGCCGCGCCAGGUCCCGCCGGGCAAUAAAAUCGAGCGUAAGAGAGAAACAAAACGGCGCCGUUUCGCUCGCUGCCAAGGCGAAACGCGAUCCGUACAGCGCGCUGCAGUUUCGUUCCCUAAGAGCGCUCUUGCGCGACCCAGACGCGGCGGGGCGGCAUCGUGGCGCGUCUAAUUGCUGGCGCGUGCACGCUUUUUGCCGGUCGCAUCCCCCUGGGAAGCUCACGAAUCACGGAGCGCUUUUUGCAACGCUCCGAACGCUACCGGCGGGGUUAAGUCGGUUCAAGCCGCGCCAGCUCACUGCGAGUCCUCAGUCACGAACCGAUGUCGGUGGCGCACGGCGCGUGUCACAACGCACUGGCUUCGUGUCGGAUAAGCGGAGUGCGCGGUUACGCAAAUGCGCAGAUAUGUCGGCGCUGCGCGGGCGCGCCGCUUGCACAAGUCAGCGCGGACCUUUGUUUUGCAACGCGAUCGAUUUAGCAGCCGUUCUCGGCGGCGAUACACGGCGG